AUGGAGAGCGGCCUCAUAAAUGGGGCAGUAUUUAUUGAUCUACUCAAAGCUUUCGACAUGGUAGAUACAUAUUUGUUAUUACGAAAACUUGCAGUUUACAAAUGUGAUGAUUUGACAUUAACCUGGUUUAAGUCAUACCUGCAAGAAAGAGACCAAUGUGUGCACUUUAAAGGAACUUUGUCAUCUAAGAAAUCUUCUCUGUAUGGUGUCCCCCAAGGAAGUAUUCUAGGACCUUUAUUGUUUAUAAUGUUUAUCAAUGAUCUUCCAUUAUAUGCCAAUUCCAACACAGACAUGUAUGCUGAUGAUUCGACAAUCCAUACAAGUGCUAGAACAGUUGAGGAACUCAAUAAUAAAUUAACUGAGGAUAUGACAAACGUUCAAGCUUGGUGUACUAACAACAACAUG